AUGUCGUCCACCAACCAACAACAGCCAUCUCAAACGCACCCACGUAUAUCAGCACCCAACACGGCCGUCGCUCAGAUCGUGGUUGGCCCCAAGGCAAAGCGCUUCCAGGUGCCCCUCAAUGCGAUCGUCCACUACUCGCCCUUCUUCCAGGCCGCUUUUACCGGAUCCUUCAAAGAAGCCCAAGAGAAAAUCGUUACGCUCUCCGACACCCAAGUUGGAAUCUUCGAGCUGUUCGUCAACUGGCUGUAUCGUCAACGCUUUCCCACGGAGGCCGACUCCCCGCAGCUACUUGCACUCUACCGUCGCGGCGAAGACUCCUCCUUCCAGUUCGAUAGGCUCGUUAGACUUUAUGUUUUCUCCGAUAAGUACGAUGUACCCAAGUUGAAGCGCCAGUGCCUAGAUGCGCUCUUCGACCACUUCACUGAUGAGGACGCACUACCAGACGUCAACGACGCUGUCUACGCGGUCAAGAACUUGAAUGACCAGGACCCUCUUCUUCUGAUGAUCAUCGAUAAUUUUUGCUACUGGGGCGAGAGUGCUUUAUGGAACGUCUACAGCAUCCAGAAAUUGCCAAUCCCGUUUAUAGCACGAAUCAUGAGCCAACUCAGCGAGUUUCGACAUGGUGGCCGCGAUUCAGUUGAUCAGCCUGAUAUGUGCGAUUAUCAUGACCAUGCAUCGAGGGAGGAGAGGCAGGUGUGCGAGGAUAGGAGGGAGAAGGCGGCGCAGGCGCAGGAGAUGAUGCAAGAUUGA